GAGAGGCGGCGGGCAGGGAGCUGACGGCCGCCGGAGCGGGAGGCGGCCGGGGGCAGGUGCGGGAGCCGCCUACAGCCGCAGGGCGGCGGCCGCCCGCGGGGCGGGGGGCUCAGCUCGGCUCGGCGCCCCGGCAGCGGCCCCCGGGCCGAAUGGUGCCGCGGCGGGACCCGGCUCCUGCUCGCCGCCUUCGGAAGGCGCCCGCGGAGCGGCGCGGGGCAGCGGAGCCCGCCGGCUCUCGGCUGGCAUGAAGAACCUGCCGAUCCUCCUCCUCUCCGUCUGCUGGAGCUUGGGGCGGGUGAAUGGUGUCCAUCCAGAAUGCAGAUUUCAGCUGGAGAUUCACAAGGAGGAAGCAAGGUGCAUGGAACUUCUAAAGAAUGCAAAGCCAGUGGACUACAAAGGAUGUGUUGGAGUUUGGGACAACAUCACCUGUUGGCGUCCUGCAAAGAUUGGAGAGACUGUCACUGUUCCUUGUCCAAAAGUAUUUAGCCUUUUUUCUGGCAAACCAGGAAAUAUUAGCAAAAAUUGUACAAGUAAGGGAUGGUCAGAUAUUUUUCCUGACAUCUUAAGCACUUGUGGAUAUAAUGACUAUGAAGAUGAUUAUAAGGUCAACUUCUAUGUGAGGGUGAAGGCAAUUUAUACCCUUGGACACAGCGUAUCUCUGAUUGCUCUUACAACAGGAAGUAUAAUUCUUUGCCUCUUCAGAAAACUUCAUUGUACUCGGAACUACAUCCAUCUGAACCUGUUCCUCUCUUUCAUUUUAAGAGCAAUCUCUGUUUUAGUCAAGGAUGAUAUUCUCUAUUCCAGCUCCAACACAGCUCACUGUCCAGAGGAUCAAACCUCAUGGAUGGGGUGCAAGGCUAUUUUGGUGUUUUUUCAGUAUGGUGUUAUGGCAAACUUUUACUGGCUCUUAGUUGAAGGACUUUACCUCCACAUCCUUCUUGUGCUAAUAUUCUCCCCCAACAGACACUUCACGAUCUACCUGCUGAUUGGAUGGGGAAUUCCUACCAUAUUCAUUAUUACAUGGACAGUAACAAGAAUCAUUUUAGAGGACACGGGUUGCUGGGAUACAAAUGAGCAUGGUGGUCCCUGGUGGGUUAUACGAAUACCAAUUUUAAUUUCUAUUAUAGUGAAUUUUAUACUCUUCAUUAGUAUUAUAAGAAUCUUACUGCAGAAGUUAAGAUCUCCAGAUGUUGGAGGAAAUGACCAGUCACAGUACAAGAGGCUUGCAAAAUCCACGUUGUUGCUUAUUCCGUUGUUCGGAGUUCACUACACUGUGUUUGCUCUGUUCCCUGACCGCAGUUCCAAUAAUUAUAAAAUAAUCUUUGAGUUGUGUUUGGGAUCUUUUCAGGGGUUGAUUGUUGCAGUCCUGUAUUGUUUUCUGAACAGUGAAGUGCAAGGGGAGCUGAAAAGAAAAUGGCGGAGUUUGUGCUGGAAACAGACAGCAGGCAGAGAUUACAGAUUCCACAGCUCGUCGAUUUCUCGAAAUGGAUCAGAAAGCGUUUCUCAGCUCCACCGGAAUUCAAGGGCUCAGUCAUUUAUGCAGACAGAGACCACCAUGAUAUAAAUCAGCUAGUUCUCCCAGGACAUGAAAAACUGUGGGAUAUAUCAUUCAUUAUGCAGCUUGAUGUGAUAUUUUAUAAAACAUACAGUUUAGUGCUUUGCUUUUGUACAUGUUGAUAUUUGGGAAAUUGGUUUGUGCAACCAACUAGUUGAUAACAGAGAGGCCUGCCCCAUGGAUGCUUUCUGGGUUUUUGGGGUUUUUUUUAAUGGUAUCCAUAUUCAUUCUGAUGUUCUGUUGCCAUUUAUGAGCCAUAACUAUACAAAAACUCAUUUACUAUAAUGGUCCAUUUACCCUCCAGCAUGUCUACAAGAUAGAUGUAUGGUAUCCUGUUCAACGCAGACUGCUUUGGUAUGUGUUGAAAAGGCUGAGAUGGGAAACAAGAAAAUUUCUUACACUUUAUUUAUACUUUAGGAAACAUUUAUUUCCUUGAGCAUUCAGAAAUUCUCUCCUAAUUAUGGAAAACAAGAUAAAAAUAAAGAACUGUAAGAAUAUAAUUAACCACACUGGGAGUUUAGUGUGCUAAUCCAGGAAAUUGUUAACGUUAUUUAUACAGAGGGAAAAAAGUUAGUACUUCUUGGCUAAUUGUAUAGAUUUCAGGUAUUACUUUCUACAGAGUUUUAUUCCAAUCCUGUUUUUCCUUUCAGAAGUGCUUGGGUUAAUGUUUAGGUGCAGAAAGUAGGGCUACCUUUGCAGUCCAUAUAGAACAGGCUAUGUAAUAAUUUUGACUAAACCAUGAGCAUUUUCCAAUAGAGCAAUUGCAAUCACCAAUUGUUCUCUUCUGUUUAAAAUCAGAGAUUUGUGUUGAUCUUUUGUUAAACAAUUUUCUGAAGAGGUGCUUUAUUGCUAGAGCAGUCUAGCCUAGGAUAAACAGCCUUGGAUAGCAUAUUACCCACUGAAAGUAGCAUUUUUAUAUAAUAUUUUCAUUGAAAUGUGUCCCUAGAACUACAUACUUGGCAGCUAAAACAAGGAAUAUUGCAAUAAAGUUACAACUCCCAUUUAAGGAAUAAUGUAAAUUCUUUUUGCUUAGUUUUAUUCUGUAUCUGUCUGAGCUGAUUUAAAAUUUAAUCCUGACCAUGACUCCAGCAAAAAAAAAAGUUAGACAGAAUCCCUAAAAAUUACCAUAAAAGGCAUAAAUAGAAGGUAUUCUCAACAACACCAAGGCCCUUAUGGAGCCACUUUGUAAAAAAAAGAACAAAAAAA